UAAAAUCGCAAAACCUCUCACCCGGUUACUUGAAAAAGAUGCGGUUUUUAUAUUCUCUGAUGAAUGUCACCAUGCUUUCCAAGCACUUAAAACACAACUGAUCAAUGCACCUGUGCUUGUGGCCCCAGAUUGGAGCUUACCCUUUGAACUCAUGUGUGACGCUAGUGACUUAGUAGUGGGGGCCAUCCUUGGUCAAAGGAAGGACAAGAACUUCCACCCAAUCUACUACGCUAGCAAAACUCUGUCAGGGCCACAACUCAACUACACCACCACUGAAAAAGAAUUCCUUGCUAUUGUUUGUGCUUUAGAGAAGUUUAGGACUUACAUCAUUCUUUCGAAGGUUAUUAUCUAUACCGACCAUUCGGCCAUUAGAUAUCUCCUCCAAAAGCAUGAUGCUAAGCCUAGACUGUUACGCUGGGUUCUUUUGUUGCAGGAAUUUGAUAUUGAAAUCAGGGACCGAAAAGGGUCUGCUAAUCAGGCAGCUGAUCACCUCUCGAGGUUAGAUGCCGAGUUAGCAGAAACUUUCGGAAAAUGCGAAAUUGAGGAGCUUUUUCCUGCUGAGAGAUUGAUGGCGAUUUCCGCCAAGGAGCAAACACCGUGGUAUGCCGACAUUGCCAACUACCUUGUUGGUAAAGUCGAGCCUACCGAACUGACAAGGCACAUGAAAAGGCGGUUCCUAUCAGAAGCAAAGCACUAUUUUUGGGAUGAUCCAUAUCUAUUCCGAAUUUGUGCUGACCAGGUGGUGAGAAGAUGUGUUACUGAAGCUGAGGCAAAGGACAUUCUGGAGCAUUGUCACAGCGGUCCUACUGGGGGCCACUUCUCAGGGAAUAGAACCGCAAGGCGGGUUUUGGACUGUGGGUACUUCUGGCCCACGAUUUUUAAAGAUGCUAAUGUAUUUGUUUCUUCUUGUGAUAACUGUCAACGAAUCGGGAACAUUUCUGGGCGCAAUGAGAUGCCCCAACACUUUAUCUUACCUUGUGAGGUAUUUGAUGUUUGGGGCAUCGACUUUGUUGGACCUUUCCCAAGCUCAAGAGGAAACAAAUACAUUCUUGUGGCCAUUGAUUAUGUUUCUAAAUGGGUUGAAGCCCAGGCCUGUGUCACCAACGACUCUCGAGUAGUCGUGAAUUUUCUGAAAAAGCUCUUUACCAGAUUUGGUGUGCCUAGGGUUUUGAUCAGCGAUAGAGGGACUCAUUUCCACAAUGACCCAAUGGCUAGAAUUUUGGCCAAAUAUGGAGUCCAACAUCGAAGCGGAGUAGCGUACCACCCCCAGACUCAAGGACAAGUGGAGAACGCUAACAGGGAUUUGAAGUCCAUUCUGGAGAAAACUGUUGCCCAGACCAGGAAAGACUGGUCGACUAAACUUGACGACGCUCUUUGGGCAUUUCGGACUGCUUACAAAACCCCGAUCGGAACCACACCUUUUCGCCUUGUAUACGGGAAGUCUUGCCACUUACCCGUCGAACUCGAGCAUAAAGCACUUUGGGCGAUGAAAAAUGUCUGUUUUAAACUGGAUACUGCAGGGAAGGAACGAUUUUACCAGCUGAAUGAACUGGAAGAAUGGAGAGCGCAAGCUUUUCAUAAUUCCAAACUUUACAAGGAACGAGCCAAACUCUACCAUGAUCAACACAUCAAAGCUCGUGAUUUCAAUGCUGGAGAUAAAGUGCUGUUGUUCAACUCCCGGUUGAAGCUUUUUCCAGGAAAGCUUAAAUCAAGAUGGUCCGGACCAUUCAAGGUCAUAAAAGCUUACCCCUACGGAACUGUUGAGAUUGAAGAUGCUAAU